AUGAGCUUCCAGGCGGCAACCGGGACAACCCGUCUCUAUGUUGCCGCUGCCGCUCUUCGUCUGAUACUAUUCACGGCUUUCCCAGGCCUUCCCGACUUGCUUACUGGCCGCGUUGAGAUUUCAACACCCGUGACGAGUUUCAAGAGAUUACAAGAAGGUCUCUUUCUAUAUAACCACAAUGUCUCCCCAUACGACGGUGGGGUCUACCACCAGGCGCCACUACUACUACCACUAUUCUCCCUCCUGCCAGACCCGUCGACUUAUCCCAUCUUUGCAUAUAUACUCUACAUAGUCGUCGAUCUCCUCAGCGCCAAUGCUUUAUACACGAUCGCCGAAUCUGGAGAGGGCGGCUCGUCGCGACUGUUCAGCUCGCCGCGCAAGGACAGGAAGUGGAGUGGCUUCAUCGUUGCUGCCGUCUUCCUCUUCAACCCUUUCACCAUCGCAACAUGUAUAGCACGUCCAACGAGCGUCUUCUCCACCUGCGCAAUAUUACACGCCAUCGCGAAGGCCAUCGAGGGUAACCCUAUUACCUCGAUGCUGUCGCUGUCCUUUGCCGCAUACCUAUCCAUGUACCCCUUACUUUUGCUGCCACCGUUGGUUCUCCUCGCCUAUGACCGGCAAUAUACAUCAAAGGCCGGCUCCUAUCUACUGCAAUUUGCAGGCACCAACGUGUUGGCCUUCACCGCCAGUGUCACAUUCCUCUUCCUCUCUUCGUUUGCCCUCACGGGGUCCUGGGAAUUCUUCCCCUCGACAUAUGGCAUACAGCUGACCUUGACGGAUCUAACGCCCAAUGUUGGUUUGUGGUGGUACUUUUUCACCGAGAUGUUCGACAGCUUCCGAUCCUUCUUUCUGGGUGUCUUCUGGCUGCACCUGUCAUCGUACACAGCAGCCUUGAGCAUCCGGAUUCGGCGUCAGCCCCUGGCGGUACUGACUCUUCUACUCGGUAUCUUCGCCAUCUUCAAACCUUACCCGAGCAUUGCCGACACGUCACUGUUCCUCGGCUUGGUACCAUGCUUCCGUCACGUGUUCCCGCUGCUACGCUACAGUUUCUUGGCGGCAUCAGUUGUGUUAUACUCCACCUUCCUUGGUCCGGCAUUUUACCACCUGUGGAUCUACGCCGGCAGUGGCAAUGCGAAUUUCUUCUAUGCCAUCACGUUGGUGUGGAGUCUGGGCCAGAGCCUGCUGGUCAGCGACGUGGCGUUUGCGGUACUGAGGGACGAGUGGGAAGUCGAGCGGCCCGAGAUGAGGUGUAAAGAGAUCAGACAGAUAUAG